AGAUUUUUAGGAAACUUACCUGUGAACAGAACUCCUCCCUCCACAUCCAACACCAUGACCAACUCCUGCUGCUCCCCUUGCUGCCAGCCCACCUGCUGCAGGACCACCUGCUGCAGGACCACCUGCUGGAGACCAAGCUGUGUGACCAGCUGUUGCCAGCCCUGCUGCCAGCCCAGCUGCUGUGGCUCCAGCUGCUGCCAGCCUUGCUGUCAAACCACCUGCUGCAGGACCUGCUUCCAGCCAUGCUGUGUGAGCAGCUGCUGCCGCACACCCUGCUGCCAGCCCUGCUGCUGUGUGUCCAGCUGCUGCCAGCCCUGCUGCCAGCCCAGCUGUUGUCAGUCCAGCUGCUGCCAGCCCAGCUGCUGCCAGCCCAGCUGCUGUCAGUCCAGCUGCUGCCAGCCCAGCUGCUGUCAGUCCAGCUGCUGUCAGCCCAGGUGCUGUAUCUCCAGCUGCUGUCAGCCCAGGUGCUGUAUCUCCAGCUGCUGCCAGCCCUGCUGCAGGCCUAGCUGCUGUCAGUCCAGCUGCUGCAAGCCCUGCUGCCAGCCUUUCUGCCUCAAUCUGUGCUGCCAGCCAGCCUGCUCUGGACCUGUGACCUGCACCAGGACUUGCUACCAGCCCACCUGCGUCUGUGUGCCUGGCUGCCUGUCCCAAGGCUGUGGGUCCAGCUGCUGUGAGCCCUGUGGCUGUUGAUUAACUUACCAUGGACCCACUAUCUACAUAAACUAGCCUUCCACUAUCAAACCUACCUGAUAGACACAAAAAAACAAACUCUGUGCUAUUUCUCUGAAAAGAUCCUUACACUGUCUAACCGCCAGUCACCUCGUUAGCAGAUUCAUGUGUUUGCUUAUAAGUACAGCUUUAUCUAGUGCUUUUCUCCUCAUUCCUCUGGUUCUUAGUCAAAGCUAUCCUUCAUUGACCUGGAUGAGCAGUCUCAGCCUUGGAAAAAUUGCUUAUUUCAUUUUCAACAUACAGAAGCAUUUAUAAAAUCAAAAGAAAGAAAGCACUCAGCUAUUUCCAGUAUUAGUCAUCCUUUCAUUUCCAUGUGUUUAGAAUUACCAUGACUCAUGGUGUAACUCAUUUGUAAAAUCGUAGCAUUGUCUUCCUAUCCGACAAGGGUUUACUAAUAAAGUCUUCACUCAAUUGU